GUGCGCUGCCUUGGAGUAAUAUACUGCGGCACCAAUAUGCUGGGAAUGUUUUCCUCGCAUACACUGUUCGUCAUUUCUGACUGGCGGAUUGCAGGCAAUCUCUUGUUAGUCUCGCUGACAGAUGCAGGGUGAGCAAGAUUACUGUGGAUCAGCUUGUUGGUUCAUUGUGUAUAAUGACUACACAGGUGUACUUUUAUAUUGUACCUACAGAACUGGAUUCCCGUCGUUGUGAUGGUCAUGCUGGCUGUUGUCAUAACCAUUCGAUUACAUGCCAUGUAUGAGGGAUCCAGAAAGAUCCUUAUCUUCCUUGUUGUAACUUUGUUAGCCCUCUCGAUCGCAGCCGGAGUCCUGCUCUUUAUAGAUCUUAGCUAUACUCGAGGCGAGCAGUUCGUUCUCUCUGGUACAUAUCAGUGCCGGUUCUACUUCGUGGACGGACGUGCUCCAAUUCUAAUUGGUAGUGAAUGGGUAAUCAUCGCUGGACUCGUAUGGGAGGUCCUCGCGUUAUGUCUUACGGUCUGGGUUGCCAUAAGACACCUCCGUGAACUGCAACGACGAUCGACAAGAUGGACCGUCAGGGACUGUUUCACCGUGUUAAUAAAAACACAUGCGCCUUAUUUUGCAGCCUUUGCUGUCGCCUCUUUCUCCACAUUAAGCAACCAGUCUCUAUCCAUGAACCCCUCUGCCGUGGGAGUUCAGAUUCAUAGCGGCGCUGUUCAGAUUAUUACUGCUGUGCAGUUGUUUGUGCUUGGACCACGUCUCGUCCUUAGCGUGAGGGCAUAUUAUGCCCAGCUUUUGGUCGACUCCGACGAAGGGAUUGCCAUGACUCCAAUUACUUUUCAAGAGCCCUUACCGGAGUAACUGGUGAUGUGUAACGUAGAGGCUGUCUUUCAGGUACUGUGUUGGGGUAUUCUGGUAAGGGUUCAGUGGUACGCCCGUGAGGUGGAUGAAGUAUAGAGGCAGCGAAACGGACGUGUAUGAAGUGCUAUACUAGUACUCGAUUGACAUACGC